AUGGGGUACUACCACAUGAAUAGAGAAGCCAUGUCAGCUGGUGCUGCUACACUCAGCUACUGCUCUAGCAAGGCUCUGUUCCAGCUGCUGCUCUGGCAAGGCUCUGUUCUAGCUGCUGACACCACUCACAGGGACUCCUCACGGGAGCUCCGGAGGGCAACCUUACACUCAGGAAUUGUGAAAGCUCGCGCCAGAACCCGCCGAAGCUUCUGCCGCGAGGGACGAGCCCGCAGAGCCAGCCCGGGGGCGCGGCCGCGCCAGCCGCGUGCGGCGGAGCCCUGCCUGUCUAGGGCGGUGUCUGUUGUGAUCCAGGGCGGUGUUUGUUGUGAUCCGACGGCCUGGGGCCGGGCCGCGGCUCGCUCCCGCUGCAAACUGGACGCCCGGCAGGCGCCGAGCGGCGAGCGAGCCCGUCAGCCAUUUGCCGAGUCUCUCGGGCAACUCUGCCAGGAAGCACGCUCCAAAAAAAAGGGGAGGUGGGAGGGAAGGCGGGUCUGCGCCCGGGCCUCGGUCGGGGAGCCCCACCCUCCGGGGUCGCCGCCUCCCCGCGCUAACAAAACGCAAAGCGGAACUCUAACCGCCGGCCGCGAAAGCGCGCACCGCAGCGCCAAUGAGCGCGGCUGCAGGCGCCCCCGGGCGCCGCCCGCCCAACCAGGACCGGCCGGGGCGCGCUCCCUCUACUUUCUCAUUGGCCGGAGUGUCUUGCCGGCCCCCCGAAUUGGCUUUUCGAAAAGUUGGACCCUGUCGUUUCACGCAGAUCUGAAAAGUCAAGGGGCUGGGGGUUCCCGGUGUCAUUUGGUCGAGAAGGUUGAGUUCAUUGUACGGAGCGUGGUUUGUACGAAAAAGCCUGGUGUCAUACCUAGUGAAAGUAAUGGGCUUUCAAGAGGUAGUCCAUCGAAGAAAAACAGACUUUCUUUGAAGUUUUUUCAGAAAAAGGAAACUAAAAGAGCUUUAGAUUUCACCGAUUCUCAAGAAAAUGAAGAAAAAGCUUCUGAAUAUAGAGGAUCUGAGAUUGACCAAGUUGUUCCUGCGGCACAAUCCUCACCAAUAAACUGUGAGAAGAGAGAAAACCUGUUACCAUUUGUGGGACUGAAUAAUCUUGGCAACACUUGCUAUCUGAAUAGUAUUCUUCAGGUGUUAUACUUUUGUCCUGGCUUUAAGUCUGGAGUGAAGCACUUAUUUAAUAUUAUUUCAAGGAAGAAAGAAGCUCUGAAGGAUGACUCUAAUCAGAAAGAUAAGGGAAGCUGCAAAGAAGAUCCUUUGGCAAGUUAUGAGCUUAUAUGCAGUUUACAGUCCUUAAUAAUUUCAGUUGAACAGCUUCAGGCUAGUUUUCUCUUAAAUCCGGAGAAAUAUACAGAUGAACUUGCUACACAGCCAAGGCGACUGCUUAACACACUCAGGGAACUCAACCCUAUGUAUGAAGGAUAUCUACAGCAUGAUGCACAGGAAGUGCUACAGUGUAUUCUGGGAAACAUUCAAGAAACAUGUGAGAACACAGCCAAUGGUGGUAUUCUCGAAUCUCCAGGAAGCAGUGUUAAACCUGUGCACGUUAGUGAAGUUAAGCCCAUAAACAAAGGUGCAGAACAAGUUGGUUUUGAACUCGUAGAGAAAUUAUUUCAAGGUCAGCUAGUAUUAAGGACUCGCUGUUUGGAAUGUGAAAGCUUAACAGAAAGAAGAGAAGAUUUUCAGGAUAUUAGUGUCCCGGUACAAGAAGAUGAGCUGUCUAAAGUUGAGGAGAGCUCUGAAAUUUCUCCAGAGCCAAAAACAGAAAUGAAGACCUUGAGAUGGGCAAUUUCACAGUUUGCUUCAGUGGAGAGAAUUGUAGGGGAAGAUAAAUAUUUUUGUGAAAAUUGCCAUCAUUAUACAGAAGCAGAGCGAAGUCUCUUAUUUGAUAAAAUGCCUGAAGUUAUCACUAUCCAUCUGAAGUGCUUUGCUGCUAGUGGCUUGGAGUUUGAUUGUUAUGGUGGUGGACUUUCCAAGAUCAACACUCCUUUAUUGACACCUCUUAAACUGUCACUAGAAGAAUGGAGUACAAAGCCGACUAAUGUAGAAGCUGUUGGACUUCUUGGAGGACAAAAGAGCAAAGCAGAUUAUGAACUGUACAACAAAGCGUCUAAUCCUGAUAAGGUUGCCGGGACAGCGUUGGCUGAAAAUAGAAAUUCUGAAACUAAUGAUACAAAUGGGACCCACGAAUCCGACAGGAACAAGGAAUCCAGUGACCAAACAGGCAUUAACAUGAAUGGAUUUGAGAACAAAAUUUCCUAUGUAGUGCAAAGCUUAAAGGAGUAUGAGGGGAAGUGGUUGCUCUUUGAUGACUCUGAAGUAAAAGUUACAGAAGAGAAGGACUUUUUGAAUUCUCUUUCCCCUUCUACAUCUCCUACAUCUACUCCCUACUUGCUAUUUUAUAAGAAAUUAUAGUGAGUAUAUUUUCCUUGUGUAUAUAUUAAACAGACCUGGACAAACAUUGGUAAAGUUGAUUACACCUAAGAGUCUUAUCUUAGUUUAUCUUUUGAAGCUAUCGGAUAUUAUUGGUCUCUCUAGACUUUUAUAUAAAUAGUGAGAUUUUAAAUACUGAAAACCAUGUUAAUUUUUAGAAUCAUUUUCCUUAGUAGAGACGAGUGAUGCAUAAUAAGCUCCUGGGAACAAACUUGUAUAGGUACUAAAUGAUCCAAAAUGGAAGCUUGGAAGCAGUUAACACUUUUGGAUUUACACGAUCUUUUGUGUUUGCUUUUUAAAAUAAAGUGCUUGUAUUUGUAUUCUCCAUAUUUUGGAGUAAUUAUCUACUUGAUGUUUAUAGGUCUGGCUUUUUCACCUGAGAAACAGAAUCUCAUUCAGUAUAUUUAGUUUUAUAAUAGUCAUGGAGCCAAAUCUUUGGGCUGUAUCAGAGGCACAAAGCCUAGAGUGUGUAUAUUCACAGUGGUGUAUAUUUUGUGCCUUGAAUAACUUUGGAAAGUGUCUCAGAAAACCUGGCAGUCCCUUCUGUCUUCAUAAGGAUUUUAUAUGUAUUUAUGAAGAUGACUCUGUACUCUAGUCAAUCUUUUGGGCAUGACUCAUUUGUAUCUCUUCAUACUCAUUCUGCACGAUCUGUAUAUAGUACAUCGACCUAGAGGUGUGACCUUUAAUUUUUUUUUUUUUAAAAACUGGGAGGUCAAUAAAAUUUAAACUGUUUAACAACCAUGUA